CACAACCGAGACUUCCGGUAUGGUAGGCCCCGAGACUGAACGUCCAGAAAAUGCCGAGCAGAUGUCCAGACCAGGUGAUGAUGGCGGACCGGAUAUCUUUGAAAGACCGGACUUGUUAGAGUCCGAGACGGAGCGUGCUGCAAAUGGUGAGGCCACGGUGGGAACAUCGUCAAGUGACGAUGUUCAGCUUCCAGUGGAAUUGGCGAGCUUGAGCGAUAGAUUUGUCGAGUCUUUAAGUGCCAGGGUACAUACACUUCCUCCCUCAAUUGAAAGAAUAUCGUCCCUGUUUCAGGAUUUCUACAUCCGAACAGACUCACACAUUGCUACGCACAUCUCGACUCUGGCGUCGCGCAUCAAUCGAGAUGGCUCACCGUCCAAAUCGAGCUCUGCCUCAACACAACAGAUGUUGACCGUUUCCGAGAUAGCGGAGAGACGAAAAGCACGAAAACAACUACCCCUGAAACAACUGGCUUUGGAAGAAACCGUCGAGAAACGAGUCUGUGAAAAGGUCUACGAUAAGAUAUGGCGCCACAAAAGUUCCCUUGACGAAGUAAGAGAUGAGAAGCUACGCUCCAAGACGGCUGCCCUAUCACUUUUGGGUAUGGGAUUGAAGGACUUGGGCAUAGAGGUACCUGAUGCAAACGAGGAAAAAGAGAAAGAUGCAAAUACAAGACUUUCAGCAGCUGGUAGCGACUUGGAGAAGAUGAACGACGCUCGAUAUCCGUUAGGCAAACUUCAACAUUUGAUCUCGGCACAUAAAGCGAUUGUGGAUGCAUUGACCGUUCUUCUUGGGUCGUCGUCCUCUGCAGAUGAGAUCUUACCUGCUCUGAUAUAUACGUUAAUCACCUCACCUCCCGAAGGAAUAAAUGUGAUCAGUAAUUUGCUAUUCAUUCAACGUUUCAGAGCUGUUAGCAAAAUUAACGGAGAGUCUGCCUAUUGUUUGACCAAUCUGGAAGCGGCGAUCAGUUUUCUGGAGUCGGUAGAUCUCAGCAGCCUCAGCACUGAUGCCCCAACUGACGGGCAGCCUCGACUAUUGAACGCAGCAACGACUCCUCCAACGGAGCUUUCUAGUUCUGUACGGGCCCCAAGGUCAGGCAAAGAUACGCUGUCAGGUACAUUCCCACGAACUCAGCUUUCAGCGCCAGCUGCUCAACAGCGGCGUUUGAGCAAUCUUUUCCAACCACCUGCAAAGGUUUUGGGUGCUGCUAACGAUGCUGUACGCAAUACCGCCGAUCAAGGAUUAAAGAAUAUCAGCAAUACGCUAGACAACAGUUUCAACUUCUUGUUUGGAAGACUUAAGGAGAUGCAAAAUAAUCGUGGAGCAAACGAACAACCACUAGUCCCAAAGACUCUUGAUGAAGCACGACGUCUUGUGACGAAUCCACCGGGGCUGAAUGAAGGUGAUUCGGUCAAUGACGAAUCUUCAACUCCAGAAUUAAGGGAAGGAUAUACGCAGCGAUCGACGCUUAUGCCUGAAGAUAGACGGUAUAGCGGAAGAGACGGCCGAAGAACCCCCAGAGAUAGGAGCGCUGAUAGUACCCGAAGCAGUGAAGCUGGUAGUAACCAAAGGGCCAGCGCCAUCCCGACAGGACGUCUCAACAGUACAUCUACACCGAGUCCAAGUGCCGGAGCAUCCAUUUUCAACUCCAGUCCUGUAACACCACUAGAAUCCAUGAAGAACUUUGGGAAUUCUUUCAACCCUCUCAACCACAUCCCAGGAAUGAUCAGAGGAUUCGGCCGUAACGCCCCAGAGACUCCAUCCGCCUCUACAACUGCUACUACAGGAACCACUACCCCAAGCACAGCCGGUGGCACCAUACUCCCCGAACGGCCUAGAUUGGUGUCGACUUCUCGGCUAGCGGAUGCAAGAUCCUCACCAUUGACAACAUCAACAUCCACAGUACCAUUUCCACCAGCGCCAUUAUCGCAAUCAGAUCCCCCGAUUCAACGAUUCCUUGAAGUUGAUGAUCCGCAGGAUCUUCGUAUUGGGGAUGUUGCGGAGUUGUUGCAGGAUUAUAAACGGCUCGCGGCUAUGUUUGUUGACGGUGGUUCUAGGGAGUGAUUGACCUGAUUAUCAUAGUGUUUCUUUUCUGUUUUUAUUUGUGUUUUGACAGAUUGAUGCAUUUGCGUGGAGUUCUUGUUUUUAGUCAUUGUUUAUGUGCUUAUUGUUAGGAAUCUGAAGCAUUCUAAGGCCUGUCGUAGGGGUAUAUCUGGUCGUGCUAAUAACACUUCUGUGAUCUACCUACGUACCGGAUUUCCUUUGACGCUUCUCGACUUUCCCUUUCCGUUUUUGUGCUCACCUCCUCGCCGCUUUCCCUCACUGAGUAGAACUGAGCACGCCCUGAGUGCGCUGACCAGAUCAGUGAGCUUCGCGUAUGCUAGGAAACAUGCUCAGUGACCUGAAGCUGAGCACUCUGGUUCACUCACCGAGCCAAUGAGCUA